CUCAGAAUAUCUCGGAGGCAACUGAAUCAGCAUAGUGAGGGUACAUGGCGUUAUAGUAGCUCCUCAGUCAGACACGCCCGUCCACCACUGAAGUGUACAUGGCUCCUGUCUUUCAGCUACCUAGUCUGCUCAUCGUCCAGAAUGAAGCUCCCCCUUGUUCUGGCCCUUUCUUUCAAUCCGUUUCGAGUGGCUGCAUUUCUGAAGGGAAGGCAAUACUCAUCUUGCGUUGAGGAUGACUGCUCUCGAGCAACUAACUUCACCAAUAAAGGCUAUGGGCGAGACGGUACGGCAGACUGCCGCGCCUAUAUGACAUCUACUCUGGUAGUUAGUCCCGUACGACGCACCUUAACCAGUACAAGCGUCUCUACUUUGACAAUCGUUCCCCCUUGUCCUGUUUUUCCAACCCAGAAAAAUCCCGCCGGUAUCUACGCAAGACAGCCUCAAGCUGCUGGUCAUCUAGAUCAUGCACCUCCUGGUUACAAAUAUGCUCCGCCUGCAGGUCGAGAUACCAGUGCACCUUCGAUUGCUAUAAAAUCCUGGUCUGUUCCAGAAUAUGCUCUUAGUGUAUGUCGACCUGACAAGUACUCCAGCGCUUGUCGAUGCUUGGGAGUGACUCCGGGUCAAAUUACUAUGACAGGUUUUACACUUGAAGCGACUAUCACUGUGACAAAGACCGAAUCAAAGCUUGCACCCUGCUCCACACCUGCAUCAACUUCGAUCAUAAGUUUUUCUUAUAGUGGUAUCACAUCAACCACAACGAUUGCAGUAUACAACCCCAUAGGCAGUGGUACAGGAACUGGCUCGGGCUCACAUUACUACCCUACAAUCUCAAUUCCCUCGACUUCAUCUACGAGAGGUCAUACUUACUCUUAUAUACCUCUUCCACCACCACCAUAUGGUACAACAUCAUCGCCUCCUCCCUCAUACAUCCCUCCGACACCCCCAUAUACCAACCGCACAACGUCAGGUUAUGGAGGAAUUCCAACUUCAAAUACAACCGCACCCCCUUCCAAUUCUACGCUCCCCCCGACGACCAUUCCUUCUACAAACCCCACUCUGCCUCCGACUAGCAGUUUUUCGAAUUCUACUAUUCCUCCGACGACCCUUCCACCCGCCAACUCCACACUUCCGCCAUCCAAUUCAACCACUCCGCCCACAAUGAUCCCAACCUCCAACUCCACACUACCUCCCUUCCCCACGUGGAAUUCUACACUACCUCCCCCAGACCCAACAGCUCCUCCCACACCAAUACCCCCCGCCAAUUCGACCUUGCCUCCAUUCCCUACAGGAAACUCGACACUACCGCCCUUCCCGACUGCAAACUCGACACUACCUCCUUUCCCAACUGGGAACUCCACAUUGCCACCAUUUCCAACCGGUAAUUCAACGCUUCCUCCUUUCCCAACAGCAAACUCAACUUUGCCGCCCUUCCCUACAGGAAACUCCACUCUCCCUCCGUUCCCCACAGCAAACUCAACACUUCCCCCAUUCCCCACAGCAAACUCAACACUUCCCCCAUUCCCAACCGGAAACUCGACCCUCCCUCCUAACCCAACCUCCCCACCAACAAACACCUCUCUACCCCUUACAAACACAACCACUUCACCACCAACAAGCACACCUACCUGCGGCGGCCGGGGCGUCCUCCUGUGCAACGGCACCUGCACAGACACCACAACCUCGACCUCGCAUUGCGGCGCCUGCAACAAUCCUUGCCAGCCCGGCUACCUCUGCUCAAACGGCGUUUGCACACGACCCCCUUGUGAUAGUGACUGCCGCUUCUCACGUCUCUGCAACACCGAUUCUGGCGGGAACUCGACGUCCACGGUGUGUGCGUGCGGGCAGACGGCUGAAGGCGCAGGGGUUUGUUAUAACCGUGGCGUGGUGCAGUGUCAAACCAAUGUGCCCCCGCUUUGCGAGCGCUCGAGUCAGUGUGCUGUUGGCACUGUUUGUGUGAGGAGUGUGUGUUGUGGGACUAGAUUGGGGAGGUGUGUAAGUCCGAAGGGGUGUGGAAUUCAGGGGGCGGGAAUGGAGUUGGGUGAGAGGAUUUCGUUUGCGUUUGGGGGGUUUGAGAGUGAUGGUGAAGGUGAAGGUGAAGAGGGGGGGAGUUCGGUGUUGUUUUAGUUUUGAGGGGAGGAAGUUGGUUAAUGGAGUGGGUGAGAAGGGACGGAAAGGGGUAGGAUUUGAGGAGAGCUGAAGUGUGGCUUGCCGCAAACUAGGAUUGAUCGAAGAGGAGUAAGUUGUUGAACGGCGGCUUGACAGUAUAGCAUGAUUUAC